AUGGCGGACGACGAGGGGGUCCAGGUUCUCCUCGUUUUCCUCGGGCCAGGUGGCCGGAGGGGGUCCGGGCGCCCCGAGGUAGGUCCCCCCGAGCUGGCGUCCAGGACCCGCGACGAACUCCCGGGCUCGCCGGGCUCCGAGCUGCGCGCCCCCCGCACGGAACAGCCCCCAGCCCCGGCGGCCCGGGCGGGCAUCCCGAACGCGGCUCGGAGGCGCGCGCGCCAACUUUCACCGGGCGACAACUGUUGCAACCUGCGGAAAGUCACCGCGCCGGGAGCGGGCGAGGAGCGCAGAGCCCGCCGGCCGCCCCGCCGCGCGCUUCGGCCCGGGGGCCCCGCACCGCCGACCGCGAGCCGCGGGACCCCCGCACCGCCGCGCGCAGCCCCGAGCGUGCGCACCUGCCCGCGCGCCGCGCUUCCGCCGGAGUUGGCGUCGGCCAAGGAGGCUCUUCAGGCGCAGAAGGAGGAAAAACGGUGCCGGGCAGAGCCUGUUUCUGACCAGAACGGUGGAUUUCGCCGCCAGCUCCGAGCCCACCGCGCGCCACAGCCACCGGAGCGCAGCCGGGCGACCGCCGGGGCCGGGGCGCCGCCUCCGCGGCUCGGAGACGGGGAAAGUGAGCGGCCGCCCCGGGAGACCCGCGCCGAGGGGCAGCGGCGCGGCGGCCAGGGGGCUGCGGCGCGGCGGGAGGGGCCGGCCGAGCCGCCCCGCUGCAGGCGGCCGCGGCAAAGAGCUCGCCGCCGCCGCGGCCACCGCCGCGCUGCCCGCUCGGCGCGGCAGGAGCGAAGGAGCCCCGUAACUGCGGGGUCUGCACGCCCGGCCGCCCGCGCGCAACCCGCACCCGGCGUUCCGCGCCGCGGCGGCGAGCGCCGCGAGCACCGGUGUGAUCCAGCCCCAGAGACCCUGCUGUUCCCUGCAUCGCCGGCCGCGGACGUGCGCGAGCGCCGCGCCCGCGCCGCCCCCUACCGCCGCGGAGACCCCCGGAGGGCGUCCGGGGCGGCGGGCACCCGCAGCCGCCUCCCGGAGCCGCCUCGGCCCCGGGGCCGGCGUCCCCUGGUGGCCGCGAGGACGCACUGCGAGCGACUUUCGGACCGAAUCGGCACGCUCCGCAGGGGCAGCAGCCCCAGGAGCCAGCCCUGGAGGCCCCGGGGGCAGCUGCCGCCGGUGCUGGGGCUGGCGCAGCCGAAGAAGUGGCGGCCCCACCGCUUCCCGGGGAGCCCGUCCCCGGCGAGGGCGCAGACGAGGCCCAGGGGGCUGCAGGAGUCUCCGGCCCCGAGCCGCAGGGCCAGCCGCAGCAGGCCUUCGAGGAAGCAGGAGCCGGGGGAGACGCGGCAGUCCCGCCCGUGGAGGUCCAGCAGCCCGGCGGGCCUGUCCCUGGGGUCCCGGCGCCCGAGGAGCCCGGAGCUGAUGACACCCUUCCCGGCCUGGGAGGCCCCGGCCCGCAGCCCGAAGACGCUGUGCCCGGGCAGCCGGAGCAGCAGCCUGCCCCGGGGGACGGUGACCGACCUCCUCUGCGGGCCUCUGACCUCGCUCCAGGCAGCCCCGGGGCGGGGGUCUUCCGAGCCGUUCCCCCGGAGCCCGCAGAUGCAGCCGAGGUGCCUGAGGGGGACGACAGCCCACCCCCCGGGCUCCCCCGCACUCUGCCGGGCUGCGGCGGCGAGUCCGUGGCUGCCGCGGUCGAGCAGCCCCCCCGCCGGAGCCCCCGCGCCCGGGGCCGCCCACCCAGACGGGCUGACAGCCCCCCUUUCCGAUUCGCGGGCGCCGGCCCCCCUGUGGAGAUCUCCGGACCCUCGCUCGAGAUUGGCAGCGCCCCCGCUGGGGUCGACGACGCUCCCGUCAACAUGGACAGCCCCCCAAUCGCUGCCGACGACCCGCCCACCGUGGGCUCCCGAGCUGCAGUUAAGAGCGAGCGAGCAGAGGGAGAGAGACCCCCAGUCGAGGGAGAAGCCGCGGAGAUGGAAGGAGGCACUCCCGCUGCCUCUGACGGCGGGGGAGACCAAGUCCCCCCAGCCCCUGACAGAGCCGCUGCCGCCGCCGCAGUCCUUGACGCCCCCGAUGCCGGCGCCCCCGAUGCCGGCGCCCCCGAUGCCGGCGCCCCCGAUGCCGGAACUCCCGAUGCCAGAGCCCCCGGAACCCAACCGGCCGCCGCCACUGGGGCAGAGCCCCCAGUCCUCACCAAGCCGGACACCGGCGCCGCCAGUGCCAAGCCCGGUGCCCGCGAAGACCCCCAGAGCCGAGCUGAGCCCGAUGCCGGGGCAGAUCCCUCUAGUGCAGUCAAGCCUGAUGCCGGAGAAGAGCGCGGAAGCACAGGUGAGCCUGGCGCUGGAGAAGACCCCCCCAAGCCCACUCAUGCCGAUGCCGGGGCAGCCCGAGCCGAUCCUGACACAGGAGAAGAUACCAAAAUCUCAGACGCUCCAGACCGCGGGGCCGACCCUAAGACCCCAGCCAAGUCAAAAGAUGCUGCUGGGAGAGACCCUAAGACCCCAGCCAAGCCAAAAGAUGCUGCCGGGAGAGAUCCCAAAAGCACAGGCAAGCCAAGAGAUGGUGCUGGGAAAGACCCUAAAAGCACAGCCAAGCCAAAAGAUGUUAGCGGGGCAGACCCCAAGAGCGCAGUCAAGCCAAAAGAUGUUAGCGGGGCAGACCCCAAAAGUGCAGCCAAGCCAAAAGAUGGGGCCAAGAGAGACCACAAAAGCACAGGGAAGCCAAAAGAUGGUGCUGGGAGAGACGCCAAAGUCUCAGGCAAGUCAAAAGAUAGUGCCGGUGCAGACACCAAAAGUGCAGGCAAGCCAAAAGAUGCAGGUGCAGACUCCAAAAACGGAGGGAAGCCAAAAGAUGGUGCCGGGGCAGACCCCCAAAAUGGCAGUAAGCCAAAAGAUGGUGCCGGGGCAGACCCCAAAAACGGAGGCAAGCCAAAAGAUGCAGGUGCAGACUCCAAAAACGGAGGCAAGCCAAAAGAUGGUGCCGGGGCAGACCCCAAAAACGGCGGUAAGCCAAAAGAUGGUGCCGGGGCAGACCCCAAAAACGGAGGCAAGCCAAAAGAUGGUGCUGGGGCAGACCCCAAAAACGGAGGCAAGCCAAAAGAUGCAGGUGCAGACUCCAAAAACGGAGGCAAGCCAAAAGAUGCAGGUGCAGACUCCAAAAAUGGAGGCAAGCCAAAAGAUGGUGCCGGGGCAGACCCCAAAAACGGCGGCAAGCCAAAAGAUGGUGCUGGGGCAGAACCCAAAAAUGGAGGCAAGUCAAAAGAUGGAAGAGACCCCCAAAACGGAGGCAAGCCAAAAGAUGGUGCCGGGAGAGACCCCCAAAGUGCAGCCAAGUCAAAAGAUGUCGCGGGGGCAUCUCCCAAAGUCGCAGUCAAGUCAAAAAAUGGAAGAGGCCAUAAAGGCGCAGGCAAGCCAAAAGACGGCUCCGGAGCAAAGCCCAAGAGCGCAGCCGAGUCAAAAGAUGCCGCUGGGGCAGACCCCCAAAGCGCAGCCAAGCCAGAAGAUGCCGCGGGAGCAGCCCGAGCCGAUUCCGCCAGCGGCGAAGACCCCCAAGACGCAGGCGCUCCUGACGCCGGGGAAAACCCCCCAGUCGGAGCAGAUC